CGCUUGCUUGUGCGCCUGUGUGAGAGUGCAAACGAAAGAGAGAAAGAGAGAGAGAGAGAGAGCGCUGAACGAGAGAAAAAGAGAGAGAGAGAACUGCCUCGAAGUGUACGAGGAGGAAGACGGAGACGAACGACGAGAGAGUUUUCAUUCGCCUGAUUCGCAAGUGAAUUAUACUUACGUGCGAUGAUGUACGGAGUAAGAGUAUAACGCAGCGCUCGCCGUUAAAUCGGACGUGUUUAGAUAAGCUACUUAGGCAACGAGUAGCUCUAAAGAAUAAUAACAAAUCUUGAGUGUUAUGAUCCGAUACGGACGACCGACAACAUACACCGCUUAUCAAUCGCAAAUCAGACAGGAUCACGGACUUAACUCUAUCGCAGCACGUAUGGACGACGACAUCCACUCCAAUAUGGCACAAGCCUCAGUAGCAGAUGCUGAGACAAGUCAAUCAGUAGUUCAUUCUAUAGCUUCUGGGACUAGACAGAACACCACCAUAGAUCAACAUGAAGAAAUAACACAAGAAGCCCAAGUAUCUUCGAGGGCCCAAAUUGCUAUUUUGACUAAUACAACUGAGGAAAUCCCUCCUCCAAAACCAGAUUUUUCUGCACCUCCUCCUUAUGAGGUUGCUACCAAAUUGCCAAGUUAUGAAGAAGUACAGCGAGAAAAGACCCUUCAAGGAGAGCCAAUACCACAAAUUCAUCCACAGAUACACUUGCCUGGAGUUGUCAGAGCACCACAACAACCUUUGACGAUUCUGACUAUAGAUACAGAUGGGGUUGAAGGAGAUCCAGAAAGUACAAUGCUUGGUACAGAUUUUAUGUUUUUUACUGCCUUUUUAGUUGCAUUCCUGUUUAACUGGAUUGGCUUUUUGCUGCUGAUGUGCUUCUGUCACACUAUAGCUUCUCGAUAUGGAGCACUAUCUGGAUUUGGUUUAUCAUUGACUAAAUGGACCUUAAUCGUCAAGCACUCAACAGACUUGGCAUCCCGCGAGAAUUCUUGGCUGUGGUGGCUAAUUAUGGCAUUUGGUAUGUUGAUCUGUGUUCGCGCUAUCAUUCAGUAUUUGAAUAUCAAACGAGGCUGGCGGCUUUUGUCUGGAAGCGCUCAGGAGCGCUUACUUUUCUACUAUUGAACAUAACGUUUAAAUGACGAAGUAACUUUCUGUUUUAAAUAAGAAAAUUUUUAAGUAAGACAAGCAUAAUUCAGGCGUGUAAAGAUAUUUGCCAUAUCCCUACACAUUAACCGCUUCAAGGAUCCUAGAUUUCAUGUUAUUUAUAGAGAUUAUGUACGAUAAAGAAAAAUAAGAAGUACACGUCAGUUUUGAAAAGUAUGAUCCUUGCAUCAUAGUUUAAAAAGAAACUCUGACAAUUUUUACAAGGAAAUAAUCACAUUUAUCUUUUUGUUACAAGGAAUAUUCUUAAAUAUAAAUAUUGAAAUCUGCAGCUGAUACGUUGUAAGAAUAUCUUGCCACAGCUGUAUUAAAGAAAUAUCAAGAGCAAUGGUUGUCAACUGUUAUUCCAGUGCGAGUAUUAAUUUUCGUUAUUACACGAAGCCUUUUAGUGAUAUUUGAAAAUAAAAAGGACGAAUCUGAAUGUGCAAGAGGGCGUUAGUGAUAUUUAUUAAAUAUAAAGAAUAAAAUAUGUAAAUGAGAACAGAAUAAGUGAUCAUGGAGCUUUUAGAACUUGAUUAUAUUGAACAAAUAUACAUACGUUCAACACUAAUAAAGGCAUAAAAUAAUAAAGAAGAAACCAAUAAUAAUGCUGAAUCGCUCAUUUGUAAGUCAUUAUUUUUAUUUAUAAAAAAAGUAUACAGACAAUUUUAAGGUUGUAAGAAUAUUAUUUUUAUUACUGUGUAUUAUUUUAAUAAAUUAAAUUAUAAUAGGUUUAAGAAAAAAGAUUUUAAUCGCUACCGUUCUUACUAUAAUUAUCGAUAUUUUCUCUAAGAAUAAAAAAGAAAGAUUUUUGUCAAAAAUCACUAGCAUUUAAGAAAAAGAUGCCUGAUUUGAAAAUAUUAAUUUAACACAGGCACUUUUCUUGUUUCGAAAUUGUAAACAUUGAUUUUACAAUAUUUAUGUCUUUCAAAUUGUGAGGUGGAAAUUAUUUAUGUAAAUAAAAUAAAAGAAGUGUUUACUACU